AGAAGCGCCAUCCUUUGGACAUGAGCAAGGGACAAAAACAUUUGCGAGAUGGACAGUUACAUCUUCUCCUUUGCUUUGCUUUUGUCAGAACCCAGGCAAAGGCUCACAUAUUUUGGGUGAGGAUUGCCCACUUCUUAGGUGUAUAAAGCUGCUCCCACACCAUGACUGGUCUUUUUCGCCUGGUUCCUUUAAGGGAAGGAGUUUUUCUCUCUCCAUUUUGAUUUAAUGGAUUAUACUCAGGCCUGUUUGGAUACCAUGCUCCUUUGCGUUGCGUGUCCUCACAGCUAUGGGGCAUUCCACCAUUGUGAGCAGAACAAGGAUUCCCCCUGCAAAGUUGUAAUUUAAAUGACAGCCCUUCUGUGGGGGGGAAAAACUCAUUAAAAGAGAAACAAGGAAAUCCACCUGAAGGGCUUAGCUGGAGUUUUUGUUCUAAUCUGUUCCCUACAAUGGUCUAAAGUUGGUGCCUGAGUGCCAGAUUCUGAAGGGUCCCCUUCAAAAUGCCCAUCAUGAUUUAAAACGAAUAAGGUUAUAGUCCUCAAGACAGGAGAGAGCCACAUUUUGUGCAGGUUUCGUGGAUGGGCUCUGGCCUUACUGGGAGGCAGAGGUUAAUUUCAGUUACCCCACCAUGUAUGCAGGGCUUCAAUUGAUCAGGGCUCAGGUCCAGGCUUCCUAUGGGCAUGUCCAGAGUGCCUUUUCCUCCAAGUUCUGGUGUCUGAGGAAGCAAGAGUGGUUUCUCACAGCACUUCAGGGAUGAUCUUCUGGAUACAUCUGCUAUCAAGGAGAACAAAGAACAAAGGAUGCUUUUAGAAGGUGUCCCAAUCCUGCAGCUAGCACUGCAAUCCCAUUCAGUUUCACAGUUUCUCCCUGAUAAAACAAUCUGGGAAGCCAAUGAGUAAGAUACAAAGUGAUAAAAACCCUUUAUCCUGGUUCCAGACUCUGGCAAUAGAAUUACACUUGAUGACUUUGAAUUUCACUGCUUUUCCUUUGAAGAGUCUUUGCUCUAAUGGUCAUUUUAAGGUCAGUGGCAAAAUAGCCCCAAAUAGCCCCGUGGAGGUGGGAAGCGGGUUUUUCUGCUGUCCUUCCGGGUGUCCCAUUUGUGGCUGUUCUUUUCCCAAGACAUUUCCCUGGAAUAUUAAACCUUUUAUUUUAUUUAUUUAUUUAUUUAUUAAAACAUUUUUAUGCCGCCCCAUUCGCUGAAGCCUUGGGGCGGCUCACAACAACCUUGCGACUGCUGAUGAUGAAACGGGGUAGCAUAGCGCACAAAAACUUUUGCCAGAGUACCAUGGGGUUCAGACUACACAAUGUCCCACAGUUAAGGUUUGUUUGUGAGGUGUAAAAUUGUGGGUUGUGGUUGAGCCAUGGGUUAUUGUGCUUUCUGAACCCCUGGCUCGCUAACAAAAGAUGGGUUUUAAUUACUGCAAACAACCCAUGAAUGUUUGGGUGGUUCUGAUGUUGGAUUGCUCCCCAUGUUUGUUAUUUCAACAUACUCAGCUCUUGAACUUUGGAUGCAUUCGCUUUUAAGGCAGCUCGAGGCAUUUAAUUCUAGCUGGAGCAGUUAGUUCAGCGACUGCAAGCAUUAACAUGGCUUCGCUCAAGUGGCGAUGCCACAUUUACUUACUUAUUUAGAACUUUUGCAGAUAGUCCGUCCCAUUACCGAAGUCUCGGGACGGUUUAACAAUACAAAAUGUAAAGGAAAAAAUUAAAACGGCGUCCACAGUUCCUAGCAGCUAGCCCUCACCUGUUUUGGGAGGCAAGGGGUUAAGCGAUUUUGCCCAUCCUCGGAGAUCAGGAAUGGGGGGUGAUGAGCUUCCAAAGAUCAAAAGGCACAAAAGAUCCGAUCAUCCCCUUAUCGAGUGCUUCUCCGCCCAGUCUUUCUGGGUUAUCUUCACAUCCCAGAGGAGAAGAAGUCUGUCUUUUCUCUCUGCCCGCUGCUUCUCUGCCGAGGAGCUGAGCUGCGCUCCGCAUUCGCGCCUCUCUACCUAUUGUCUGCGAAAGAAACCCCCUUCCUCAUCCUCGGCCCUGUCACGAUUUUGUGAUGGGGUCUUUGCACCUUCAAAUCUGUGUUUCCGCUGGGGUGCUUUGGGCCCUUUUGGCCAUGGGGAUGGCUUUGCACUUGCAAGAAAGUUUGCUUCUCAGAUCGCUGGGGCUGAGAGCCAGACCUAGCCCCAAAUCCCCCGGCCCGGUCCCUGCUCUGCUCUGGAAGAUGUUCCAAACAAGGACCAACUCUUCCCUCGUGGCCAAGGACACCAAGAACCAGUGCUGGGUGGACGAAUUUAAGGUGCCUGGAAAUAUAAUCCGCGUCUUUCCAGAUCAAGGUGGGCACAUCCACGGAGAAGAGUCCCAGAGAUGGCUGUGCCUGCAGAAGCGGCUCUAUUUCAACCUCUCCGUCCUGGACGAACGGGAGGUGCUGACCCUGGCCCAGCUGGAGAUCAAAUUCGGCCGCAAUCUGUACCACGCCUCCCCUGCGCACCCCUUCGAGCUGAGCCUCUACAGAGCUUCCCGGAUGGCCCUGCGGGACACGCCCAGGCACAGCUCGGGCCACAAGCUGCUGGUUGAGCAGUCCUUCCUCCACCUGCGCAAGUCCUUCGUCUUCGACCUGACCGGGGCGGCCCAGCAGUGGCGCGCGCCCGCGAGGAAUCUCGGCCUGAUCCUCGAGAUCAGUGCCCCGGCUGCGGCAGAGGGGGGCCGCUGCACCGGCAUCGAGUCCUUCCUCGAGGCCUCGCUGCUGGCCGUCUCCCUGGCCCCCGGGCGGUGCGAGGCGUCCAGGAGGAAGCGCAGUGCCUUCCAGGUGCCCGUGGCCGCGAGCCACAUCUGCAAGCCUCGCCGGCUGUACAUCAGCUUCAGCGACGUGGGCUGGGAGAGCUGGAUCAUCGCCCCGCAAGGCUACAUGGCCAACUACUGCCUGGGCGAGUGCCCCUUCCCGCUGACCGAGGAGCUCAACAGCACCAACCACGCCAUCCUGCAGACCAUCGUGCACUCCCUGGACCCCAAGGGCACCCCGCAGCCCUGCUGUGUCCCGGUGCGCCUCUCGCCCAUCUCCAUCCUCUACUACGACAACAACGACAACGUGGUGCUGAGGCAUUAUGAGGACAUGGUGGUGGAUGAAUGCGGCUGCCGGUGAAGGGGCGGCCGUGCUCCCUGCCUGGCUUGGCCGCACCCCAGAAGCACCCACCUGCCUUCAGCUGCCGCUUGGGUACUCCGGGAAGCGAGCAGCGCCUUCCACACCAAGGGAGCAAUCAGUUCUGCUGCUCUUCUGGCAUGUGUCCAGCCAGAGUCUCUGUACGAUGGUGGGUUGCUUUCAAGUAAUUAAAACCUUUAAGCAGUGCCCA